GAUGUAGUAAAACCCGGAUUAUCUCAUAGGCCUACGCACUUCUUCUUUCUCGUUCCUUCGCUCUAUCUCAAACACUCACACACCUGCGAGGCACUGAUCACACUGGCACAGACUUUGGACUUUGGAGACAUACACACACACAUGCAUCCCCAGAUGUGUGUUUUCUAAGUCUUGUUUGGUCUUGAGAAGAGUGUAAGAGGUGACUGGAGACACUGAUUUGUAGGAUCAUCCCUUCAGGAAGGAAUCAUCACACAAUCUAACAAGAGCCAUGUGGGUUGUCCUGGCCUUGCUGCUAGCCCUCUCCAGUGGCGCUCUGUCGCUGGACAAACUCAACAUGUGUAUGGACGCCAAACACCACAAAGUAAACCCUGGCCCUGAGGGACAGCUUUACCAACAGUGUGCUCCCUGGCGUGACAAUGCAUGUUGUACUGCCAACACCAGUACAGAAGCCCACGAGGAUAACUCCUACCUGUACAACUUCAACUGGAACCACUGUGGGGUCAUGAGCCCCCAGUGCAAGAAACAUUUCACCCAAGACACUUGCUUCUAUGAGUGCUCGCCACACUUGGGACCCUGGAUACAACCAGCGGAUCAGAGCUGGCGUAAGGAGCGUAUCCUGGAUGUGCCUCUGUGUAAGGAGGACUGCCACGACUGGUGGGAAGAUUGCAAGAAUGAUUUCACCUGUAAGACUAACUGGCACAAGGGAUGGGACUGGAGCUCAGGUGUUAACAAAUGCCCUGCAGACAGCAAAUGCAGGAAGUGGACUGAAGUUUACCCCACACCCAAGUCCAUGUGUGAGCAGAUCUGGUCCAACUCCUACCUUUAUACCACCCACACCAAAUCCUCAGGCCGCUGCAUGCAGCUCUGGUUCACCGGGACAAACCCCAACAAGAAGGUAGCCGAGUACUACCUUAACAACGCUCAGCAAAACCAAAGCUUCACCUUGACAACGCUACUUCUCCUGGCUUUUGCAUCUUUCUCUGCAAUUAUGUAAUGAAAUGAUAUCCUUGACCUAUCCUAUAUCU